AUGAGCACAGGAAAUGCUGACUAUUCAAUUGUAUAUAAAUCUACCGCCGACGGCGAAGCAUAUGAUUUACGAAUUACGAAUGUUGGGCAUGACGAUGCCAAGAACUACCAAUGUACGAUAACACAGGGAGGAGGCGAUAACGGUGCCAUAUCUGAACAAGUUUCAUUGACAGUGACGGGCACUGUCAUUUGGUCAAAGGACAGUGAGGACAUUACCAGCGACGCCACAGUCACCAAUGGUGAUAACAGGUUUUCAAUUACUGGGAACCAAAACAAUGGAGAAUAUAAUCUACAAAUUGUAAACGCAGACACUCAAGACGCUGGGACAUAUGCUUGUCGUGUAACAGCUUCCGGCAACAGUGUUCAAAUUGGACCUAGUCAAGCGUUAUUGACAGUGAAAGAACUACAGUCAUUCGGUGUUGAACCUGUUAGCAAAGGUAUCUUGGAAGACAGUGACGUCACACUAUUUUGCUCUGUCAGUGACAAAGCAGGACAGUUAGUAUGGUCAUUAAAUGGAGAAGACAUAAGUUCUGAUUCUACAAUUACAACAUCUACAUCCGGGUACACCAUAAACAGUCCGACUCCUUCUGUUGAUUACAAUUUGAAGAUUGAGUCAGUGAGACCAGAGCAUGCUGGUAAUUACGUGUGUUCAGUGACGUCAGCCAAUGGGCAUCCAGAAAUAACCAGUGAUACCGCUCUUCUAACAGUUGAAAAGCUACAAGAUUUUCUUACUGAGCCUUCAAGUAUUGAGGAACACGAAGGCAGUGACGUCACGCUAUUCUGUUCUGUCAGUAACAAAGCAGGGCAGUUAGUAUGGUCAUUGAACGGUGAAGACAUAAGUUCUGAUUCUACAAUUGCAACAUCUACAUCCGGGUACACCAUAAAUAGUCCAAUUCCAUCAGUUGAUUACAAUUUGAAGAUUGAGUCAGUGAGACCAGAGCAUGCUGGUAAUUACGUGUGUUCAGUGACAUCCGCCAAUGGUCAUCCAGAAAUAACCAGCAGUACAGCUGUUCUGACAGUUUUGGAACGCCCAACCUCACGACCAACUGACGUUCCAACCGAACGUCUAACUGGACAUGCUUCCGUAGGUCCAACCGAAACUCCAACUGCACUUUCAACCGAGCAACCAACUGAAGAGCAAACUGAACCUCCCAUCGAACUUCCUGUUAGGGUUCCAACAUGUGCACCAAGUACAGUAAAUACACUUAUACUUGGAGAAAAUCUAAUCUUAGUAUGUGAAACUGAACGAGACGAACCGGCAGCAAUAUUACGUUGGAUCCAAGAUGGCGGUGAAGAGCAAGAUGGUAUCACCUUGGAUACCGACACAGAAAUUCGAGUUGGAUUAGUGCUGACUAUAACAGAAGAAUUACAGGGGUCCGUAUUCACCUGUGUAUCAACCCAUCCAACACAUCAAAACCAGGAAACGUGCCAGGUUGGACCACUUGCAGUAGACAUCUUGCAGACAGAAAUAAAACUGUUCUCAAAAGAAGCCAACAGAAAUGCUAAGGUAGGAGAGGAUAUCACCAUGGACUGUACCGUUCAAAAUAAAUUAGGCACCAUUCAUUGGAUUAGAGAUGGUCAGGUGAUCAGUAGUGACACCACCAUGAACAAUGACGACACAAGGUACUUCAUUGGAGGUGACCAAUCCAUUGGUGAAUUCAACUUGAAUAUCAACUCAGUCAGUAAACCUGAUGCUGGCUCAUAUUAUUGCUUACUAACAUCAAGUGUAGAGGAACUGCCAGUGGUCUCAUCAAACGUCAUGCAACUGAACAUUGGGGAUGCCAUUCCACCAAAAGAUAAUUAUCCACAAUGUGCAAAAUCCAGUAAAGACCUCAUUGAUGGAGAUACUGUGUUAUUGACAUGUAUAUCUAAAGGCGGUGAUCCUCCAGCAAUAUUACAAUGGGACCAAGAUGGAAACAACCAAGAAGGCAUUCAUAUAGAUGAAUCAGCACUAUCACUGCAGGUCAACAUAAGCAACGAAAUCAACGGUGCAACAUUCACUUGUACGUCCAAACAUUCAACAUUUAACCAAUCACAGACGUGUGUGAUUGGUCCAAUACAAGUUGCAGAUGCAUCAAAUGGGGAUAGUUGGAACGUUGGAUUCUGGAUAGUUUUGGUAUUUUUAAUCAUUGCAAUAAUUAUCAUAUCAUUUCUCAUAGUUUUUCUUGUGAGGAGGAAAGGUAGAAAAGAAAGAACAAGUGUAACUAUUUGAAGGCAUUAUUUAUUACAGUGCACAACUGUGAUAUAUAAGUAUUUGAGAUUUGUAUAUGCAUGGUCAUAUUCUACUUUAAGAGUAGUCCUGUACAAAAAUAAAAUUGCAUACUGUAAAAGUGUUAAUUAUUCACUAGAUUUUAAUUUUGCUUAUUUCGCUGACUGGAAAAUGUGCUAAAUUAAAACCCAGUGAAUAUGUAAAAUUGAGCAUAGAACACAUUAUCUAAAUGAUAAAACUGAAUUUAGAACCCACCGAGUAUGCCUGAAAUGCUAAAUCUGUCAAAUUUAAACCCAGUGAAAAUUAGUCAUUUUACAGUAAUAUUUGAUAACAAAACAAUUGUUAUUUGAAUGUGUAUUGCUGUCAACUAAGAGACAUUGUAUUUCUACGGAUGCUACAACUCAUUAUUAUUCGUGUUUUUAUACAAAUGAUCAAUUUCCAAGUGGUAAAUCUAGACUAGUUUAUUGUAAAACCCACAUAAUGUCUUCAUAAAAAUUUCUUAGAUUUUUAGUACAUGAUUAAAAAUUUUCUUUUACGAAUAUUUUGAUAUGCUUUCAUGUCUUGCACUAAUAAGCUGAAGAGUUCCAUGGUUCAAUCAAUUUGACAUUAGUUUAAGUAUGAGUGCAUGUUAAUUGCCAAUAUUUGUGUCUAGACAGAUACUGAAAUAUUGGACUGUUAGUUAGCAAUAUGUAG